CAAGUUAGUUAUGGAAAACGCUSCAUGCUUUGAGAAAUAAUCCUUUUUGCCCGUCAAUGAGCAUCGAAAAUAACUGCAUUGAUGUCAUUAUCAAGUUGGGAGGAUGUGCUAUAACUAAUAAGAGUGAAUUUGAGACAGAAAAUGCUCCAGCUWUUGAAAGAGCAGCGAAAAUUGUCGAAAAGUUGAAAGGCCGAUGUGUCGUCGUUCAUGGGGCUGGGUCAUUUGGGCACUUCCAAGCACAUGAAUAUGGCAUUGCAAAAGGUUUUGGAAACGRUGUAGAGAGAGGAAAAAUAGGCUUUGCUAAGACAAGAUUGUCAGUCACAAAGCUCAACCACAAAGUGACUGAGGCAUUUGCCAAUCAUGGGAUACCUGCUGUUGGGCUGUCAAUGUGUGGUACCUGGACAACAUCGGCAGGUCAUGUGACUAAGGCUGAUCUAGCUCAAGUGAAGCAAUUAUUGAGCAGUGGUCUUGUGCCAGUACUUCAUGGAGAUUGUGUCAUUGAUUCACAACAGGGAUGUGCUAUAUUAAGUGGUGAUAAAAUUAUUGAGAGACUUGUUCAGGAUCUACUUCCAAAGAGAGUUGUAUUCUUGACAAAUGUUAAAGGAAUCUACGAUAGGCCUCCUGAAAUGGAAGGGGCAUUUUUAUUGCAAGAAAUCAACAUCAAUGAUGAAGGAGUCAUUUCCAUCCCCAUAGCAACCAAUUCKUAYACACACGACGUCACYGGUGGACUGCAAGGGAAAUUGGAGUCUGCUUCAACCAUCGUUACCAGGUSUAAAGGACGCACAAAAGUGUUUGUAGCAGAUAUAUCCUCUGAAUGUGGAUAUAAAUGUUGUGUUGAAGGGUGUACCUUACCAGGGGAGGGGACAGUCAUUCAAUUGUCUCCUCAGAAGUAGACAGUUGGUUUACAGUUUGAUGCUUUGRUUAUAAAUUUUGAAURAUUUGUAACCAGUUUCGAAAGGGCCGUGGCAUCUAUUGUAAAACUCAUGAAUUAAUGAGGAAAACACAGUAGAAAUCACAACCGUGAAGAGUGUUGUAAUUUU